AUGGACUUUACAGGCGAAAAAGUCGAGGGAAAAGAUAUAUCCGUUAAGAAUGACAAAAGAUUUCGUGAACAAUCUGCAGAAGAAACAGAAACCGUAAAGGAAUUAAAGCAAAAGUUUCAUGAUGCAAAAAAAAGAUUUAUUAAAAAUUUUCAUUCUCUGCUGGUAACUGCCCGUGGAGAAAUUGAAGCACUCAAGAGAGAGCAGGAAAGAUUACAAAUGAAACUUGAGGCUUAUCAUACAAGGAAAUGUAACUGCAAAUAUGAGGUCUCUACUAAUAAUAUUAGACUGGAACCAAAAUACAUCAAAGUCAUGAGAGGACGAGCUACCGUUGAAUUGACGUUUAAUGAUUUGGCACUUAUGGAAGAAUGGUUGAUAUCAAAUCAUUUAGAUACGAAUUCAGAUGGAUUACCUGCAACACUGAUGCAUGAAGAACCAACGCUCACUACUACAAAUAGUCUUCUCAUUUGUAGAACAGUAUGUGGUGUUUCGCUAACAUUUUGUUUAAAAGAAACCGAUUGGCUGUUAUAA